AUGUCGGCUCGUACGAUUCGCCUAGCUCUAAGCCUCCUGGUCUUCAGUGUUCUGUUGACUUUCGUUGCUGCGGGAAGAUUGGAAGAUGUCGCCCCGCAUCGUGGUUUCAACCCUAAACUGAGGAAGAGAGGGAUUGUCGAGGAGCCAGCCUAUUUACCAAGACCCGUUGCUAAGAGAGCUGCUGCAACCAGCUCUGUCUGCACUUCGGCGCCUCCUCUAAAUCCAACUGCGCCACCAAGUUGCGGAGGAAACAACUGUGUCAAUGCCUUCAACAAGCAAUUUACCGCAAGCUUGGACAACCUCGAGGGAUUCUGCAGCUCAUGGACAUCUGGAUCAUCAGCUACGUUUUCUGCAACUGGCGCGGGAGCCUUCGCUGGCAACUGCGUUGGUACCUCAACAGCAGCUUCUCUGCAGUCGGCAGUCGCAUCCAAAGUCUCCUCCGCAUGCGAUUGUUUCCUCCCGAAGCAGACAUCAUGCCCAACGAGUCCUGGCAAUGGCUCAACUGGUGGUUACCGAUUCUUGAAUGAAGACACUAAGCCAUAUCAAGUUACCUCGAUGCCUGAGGUCGACUUCGAUAUUGGUGAGAUGUACUCUGGUAUGAUGCCAAUCAACGAGUCCGAUCCAUCCCGUUCGCUUUUCUUCGUCUUCCAGCCAACCGACGGCCCACCAGUCGACGAAGUUACUAUCUGGCUUAACGGCGGACCUGGUUGCAGUUCAUUGGAAGGAUUCUUCCAGGAAAAUGGAAGAUUUAUCUGGAGCUGGGGUCAAUACCAGCCAACCUUCAACCGUUACUCAUGGGUCAACUUGACAAACGUCCUAUGGGUCGAACAACCGAUUGGAACUGGUUUCUCAAAAGGAAAGGUCCUUGCAAAUGGCGAGGAAGAUAUCGCACGAGAAUUCGCGGAUUUCUUCAAGAACUUCCAAAAGAAAUUUGGUAUCAAGAAGUUCAAGAUUUUCGUCACUGGAGAAUCCUACGCAGGAAGAUACGUGCCUUACAUCUCUGCCGAAAUGUUGAACAGAAAUGAUACCAACUAUUUCAAUGUCUCUGGUGCCCUCGUCUACGACCCUACCAUCGGCGCAACCACAUACACUCAAGAAGAGGCUCCAGCGUACCCAUACGUUGAGUACUACAACAACAUUAUCGGAUUAAACGCAAGUUUCAUGGCGACAUUGAAGGGACUUGAUGAGUCUUGUGGAUAUGCUGCGUACAGAGAGAAAUACUACACCUUUCCGGCGGCGGGUAUUCAACCUCCUGCACCAAGUGUCUCCAACGCCUGUGACAUCAACGGUCUUGCUAGCAACGCUGCUUUCAACAUCAACCCAUGUUUCAACUCCUACGAGAUCAACACUCAAUGUCCAAUCCCAUCUGAUCCACUUGGCUUCCCAACGAACUUGGCGUACUCCUAUCCUGCCUUAACACCUCUCUACUUUGACCGAGCAGACGUGAAAGCGGCCAUGCACGCCCCAACUUCUGUGCAAUGGGAGGAAUGUUCCGGUCCAGUUUUCGUUCGACGAGACACCUCUGCCGACCCAAUCCGCAAGGUCCUUCCUCAAGUCAUCGAAGCUACGAACCGCGUUCUCGUUUCAAACGCUAACCUUGACUUCGUCAUCAUGACCCAAGGAACUCUUCUUGCCAUCCAGAACAUGACUUGGGGCGGAACCCUUGGCUUCACAUCCAAGCCCGAGACACCAAUCGUCAUCACCCUUCCUGACUUGCAAUAUCAGCAAACUUUUGUCGAUAACGGAUAUCCUUUGGGCUUCGAGGACCCACAGGGUACGAUGGGUAUUCAGCAUUAUGAGCGAGGACUCAUGUGGGCUGAGACUUUCUUGAGUGGACAUAUGCAACCGCAAUUCCAACCGAGAAGUAGUUACAGACACUUGCAGUGGCUCUUGGGUCAUAUCGAGGAGUUGUAG